AUGGCUUUACCACUUUUCUCCAGACCCCAACUGUUUGUUACUUUCGAUAUUGAUAUGUUUGCCAACAACAACUCCAGAUCCAGCAUUCCAAUGGUCCACAUUAUUGACAACUUCAGGCCGAUUUGCGUCGACGACCCCAAUUUCUUCGCUACUGGAUACACAUUCUACAAUUCAAUCAACUCAACUAGUGAUGCUCCAAAGACUGUUCCUAUUCCAACUCCUGUUCAUCUUGCAACUGCUUCUCGUUCUCUGAUCCCUCAUACCUACUCUCCAAAGUCCAUGGUGAUUAAUCCCUUUUUAAUUGGAAAUGUCCACUCAAGAUUAUCUUACUCCUCUGAAAACGUACAAGCCUCUCACGCCAGAAAAAAUUCCACUUCUACGCUAGUCAAUCCAGUUGUUUAUCCCAUUGAAACCACUAACCAUUCCAAUGUUCCAUCGGCCAACCAUAGAGAUUCUUUGGCCAGUUCUCAAAAUUUCAGCUUUGUUUCUUCCUUGUCUCGAAGAAAAUCCUUUGAUUCACAACAAACUGUCACCUCCAUAAACAGCAACCUUCACUUUUCCAGUGAUUCAAUCACCAUCAAUGACUUUGAAGCCUGCAGGGAAUUCUGGUUCUUGUCCUCCCUACAUAAAUGGUUCAUAUAUCUUCUUACUCCCUAUAAACAGGCACAAGCUACCCUUAAUUUGAAAAAUGAAUUCGCCAUUAAAACCUCAGACUUCACCAAAACUUUAGAAGGUCUAUUCUCUUAUUACUACCCUAAAAAAGUCAGCGACUCGUUUUUGAUUGAUGGAGCAAUUGAACUAAUUUCAUCAGAAUUCGAGGCCUUUGCCAUAAUAAACUACAUUGAUACCUCCAAACAAAAUAUCAUGUACAACUUGGAUCCCAACCCUGACAUGUCUGGUGUCUUGACUGAUUUCACUCCUUGUUACUCCUCAAUUUAUAGCGACCAUACUGAAACUUGUUAUUCUUUGAUUUGUCCCCAUGAUUUACAAAAAGACUUUCAUAUAUACGACGAAAAUGGUCAAAUACUAAAAAUCAAAUUGAAAAAUUCAGACGACAUCUAUUUCAAAAUGAAAAAGGGAAUGCACGUCUAUUACAAUGUCCCGGAAUCCUUUUUCAAAACUAAAGACCCUUCAACAAUGCAUUAUCAAAACAAACUAUUUGAACUCAUAAGAAAUCAAGCGAGAUUCAUUUACAUUUUAAAAAUACAUUUGAGCACUGAAAUCAGCUUUAUUAACAUGUCCACUUCAGUCAAACUGUCCGAUGGCCUUCCCUUAAAUGAACUCAGAUAUUCCCUUUUUGAUUCCUUUAAAGAGAUCUUGACCAUACACGAAAAUAACCUUCUAAAACCCUUAUUGCAAAUAAUGUCUGAUGAGGGGCCCUUUAUCAAAAAAUAUACCAUUUUCAACGUUAUUCUGGAAUGGGUAAGAGGAUCUGUUAAUCCUUGGAGAAAAUGCCUAGAAAUCAUUUCCAGUUAUAGCUUUUUCAAAAAAGUUUGCAAUGCUGUCAAGAAUACCCCAUACGCCUCAUCAAAUUCAAAUUUCUAUUUGGGCCAAAAUUUCGAUUCCUGGAAAAUUAAAAUGAAGGCAAAUACCCCCGAUUACAACACAGUGCUUCAAAUCAUCGAACAACCUAUAUAUACUGUCGUUCAGAUCUCAGAUUUACUCAAGGGGUUUCGCAAACUUUUUGUAAAUGCCAAAAAGGUAUCAACCGAAUACGAAAAAGCUGCUAAACUCACCCGUAACUUUUCAGAACAUUUACAUAAAUAUAUGAGUUUAUUUGAAAUGAAAAAAAUAAUCAAUAAAAUAAAUUGGGGCCCCUUCAAAGCUAUGACAAAUAUAAACAUAAGUAAGACAGUCUUUAUCAAUAUGUAUUUUGUUCAAAAGAAAGAUAGAGGCUUUUUUUCCAAUAUAGAAUCUUUCAUUAUCUUUUUUUUUGAAAAUUGUUUUUUAAUAACAAAAUACGAUAUCCAAAAUUUCCAAUUUACUCUAAUCGACAAACCUAUCCCACUAGAUUAUGCUGAAGUGUAUUUGGAAAAAAUUGAAGAGAAAAAUGAUUUAAAUGAUUCUCAAAAUAAAGACAAACAAAAUGGUCCUAGAUCUUAUCAAGUUAGUUUGCAUAUUGAUCCUUUCUAUAUUAAAAAUACUUCUAAUGACAGAAAAUACCACUUUUGCAUAACAGAUUUUAACAGUAAAUUGGGCUUAUUUUAUAAAAAUAAAAGAGAUUUGUAUUUAGCUGCAAGGCAAAAACUUCACCCUUUUAAGGAAAUCCCUUACUAUUUCAUUUCACAAAGUGGGUUUCAAGAAAAGAUUUAUUGCAUUGAUUAUGUUUAUGUUAAAGCUAGAAACACCUCCUACACUUUACUUGGAACUUCAAAGGGUAUUUACUCGUCUCAAGAUGAAAAAAGCUGGAAAAUGAUAUUCUCCAUGCCCAAUAUUACUAGUAUGCAAUAUAUUGAUUCUAAAGAUACUUUAUUAUUUCUUUCCGAUGGAAACUUUUUAAAAUGCUCUCUUUUAGAGCUUUUAAAUAAUCAGGGAAAUAUGAUAAUUAAAUUGAAAAAAUUGGAGAGAUGUGCCCCAUCAAAAAAUGUACAAUAUUUUUCAGCAAAAAUUAUCAAGGGAAAUUUAUUCUUAUUGUACAUGAUUAUUGAUAUAAGCAGUGGCGUUACUAAUUCUAAAAUAAUAGCCAUGUAUCAACUGAAGAAUAGUAAUCCAUCUUACUUUAGCCCACAACCACUUGAUACUUUACUGAUUAAUGGAAUGACUUUUGGAGUUACAAUUUUGCCAAUAUUUUUGAUUGUUCAUUCAGAAAGAGAUUUUGAAUUAACUAAAUUAACUGAUUUGGAUUUCAAAGCAAUCGUUCCUUUUUUCUCAAUUCCAAGAUAUGCUAGCACAAAAAAAAAAAUCAUUACUUGUUUACCAGUUGAGAACGAUAGAAAUAUUUUAAUCUAUGAAGAGUAUUGUGUAAUUUGUAAAAAUAAUGGCAAGGGAUGCUAUCCAGAAAAUAGAGCUCAAAGAUAUCCACUAUUGUUUUUCAAUAUUAAAUGUAAAGCUGCAACUUUUUAUAAUGAUUACUUAUUCAUUGUUUCCAAUACUAUUUUGGAAAUAUACAAGUGUUCUAUGGAAUGUUUGGAUAAUUUUGGUAAAGAGCUCCCUGUACAGAUUAUAAGAGGUAAUAAGAUAGAGUUGAUCAGUUGUAGUCAGAUUGGGCAUUCUCCUAAAAUAACCAUUGACCAACAAAUUUUUGACAUGAAAUUAAUAAGAUAG